AUGCCCAGAGAUCCUUUGAUUGGUAUAGUUGGAAAGCCGUCAUCUGGGAAAUCGACAACGUUGAAUUCUUUGACUGAUGCAGCAGCCCAAGUAGGGUCUUUUCCCUUCACAACUAUCGAACCGAAUAGAGCUACCGGGUAUUUACAAGUAACUUGUGCUUGUAGCCGUUACGGACUUGAAAAACUGUGUAAACCAAACUAUGGUUGGUGUUCUGAAGGUAAAAGGCACAUUCCAAUCAUGCUACUAGAUGUGGCCGGUUUAGUUCCCGGAGCGCAUUCUGGCAGAGGACUAGGAAACAAGUUUUUAGACGACUUAAGACAUGCCGACGCAUUGAUACACGUUAUAGACGUCAGUGGAACUACAGACUCCGAGGGGAAGAAUACCCGCGGCUACGAUCCGUUAUACGAUAUAGAAUGGUUACAAGAUGAAAUUCGACUUUGGAUCGAGGGCAACCUGGAGAAAAGAUGGGGAUCUAUUGUUCGGAGGCACACGGCGACGAAAUCCAACGUGGUAGACACUUUGCAAGCGCAAUUUGGUGGGUACGGAUCCCAUGCCCCAAUGAUUCAACGCGCUCUGCAAAGAAUCGAGGGUCUUCCGCCCCUGGAGCAAUGGGACCGUGAGUGGAUUACCAAAGUGGUCAAGUCGUUUAUGAUAGAAAAGUUCCCCACGGUGUUGGCUCUGAACAAAAUCGACCACCCAGACGCAGACAAAAACGUGUCAAAGAUUAUGCUCAAAUACCCAGACACCAAAGCCGUCCUAGCUAGCGCCAUCACAGAGGUGUUCCUGAGAAAAUUGCGGAAACAAGGCUUCAUACGCUACGAAGAAGGCACCGAGUUUGUGGAUACGUGCGAGGACGAUCCCGACAACCUGAAGGUGUUGGACGAUAAGUUGCUACAAAGGAUCGAAAACAUUCGGGACCUGGUGUUGUAUCGGUUUGGAUCUACGGGUGUCGUGCAGGUCUUACAGGCCGCGGCUGACACAUUGGACCUGAUCCCUCUGUACACGGUGAGGAACAUCAACACGUUCACUGGUGGUAAUGGCGAGAACGUUUUUAGGGACUGUUUCCUGAUAAAGAAAGGCACCACCGUGGGGAAAGUAGCACGCUACGUGAUGGGCGAAGUCACGAUUGCCGCAGUCGAGACGGUCAACGGGGUGAGAGUUAGCGAGGACGACGUUGUAGACGUUGGGAAAAACGACAUUCUCACGUUCAAGCUGGCACCAAGAAGCUUCACCUGA